AUGGAUGAAGCGUUCGGUCCUGCCCGAGGAGUCUCCGGUACCCCCGUGCCCGCACCCACUCUCGGGCUGGGGUCGGUGCCGGCUCUGUGCCCGUCCCCCAGCGCGGUGCCGCCGCCCGCCCGGGCCCUCCCGGCAGNCGGGGCGGCGGGAGCACCUCCGUGGGAGCGGCCGCGGGACGCGCUGCCCGCAGCAGGUGCCUCCGGGCCGCUGCUCCGGCCAGCCCCGCGGGCUCCCGGCAUCCCAACGCGCGGAGGCGGCGGGCGCGGCGGCGGCUCCGCCACCACCACCUGUGGCGGCGGGAUGGCGGAGCUCGACAUCAGCGCGGAGGCAGUGAUGGGCUUCCUGAGGGAGCGCGGCGGGCGGGUGCGCAACACCGAGCUGGUGAGCGCCUUCCGGCCGCUGCUGGAGGCCGCCGGGGCCGGGGCCGGGGCCGGGGAGGCGGAGGGGCGGGCGGCGCGGCGGGAGCGGUUCAAGGCGGCGGUGAACGCCGUGGCCACGGUGAAGGAGAUCGACGGCGUCAAGUUCGUGGUGCUGAAGCGGCAGCUCCGCGCUGCCCCGCCGGCGGGGGGCGAUGCCGGCGCCCCUGUCCCGGUUCCCGUCCCCGACCCCGUGGCCCGGCGGGAGCCGCCGCCCAAGCCCUGCAUGCUGCCCGUGCGCUGCGUGCCCGCCCCCGCCGCCCCGGGGCCAACCGAGCAGCCCAGCCCGCUGUCCCCCCCGCCGCUGGACGAGGAGGCCGGGUCCCGCUCGCCCGGGCUGCGGAGGGGGCCCAAGAACCACCGGGCCAGCGAGGAGACGGUGGUGCCCCUGGAGCAUGCGGAGCACCAGUGGCUGCUGCUGGCGGCCGACGGGCAGUGGACACAGCAGCUCCACGGGCUGCUGCUGGGCGACGCCAGCCUGGCGGCUCGCAGGGACUUCAUCUCCGGCUUCACCGCCCUGCACUGGGCCGCCAAGAGCGGCAACUGCGACAUGGUGACCAACAUCAUCCGAGCGGCCGAGAAGGGCGGGUCCCGUGUCAAUGUGGACGCCAGGUCGCAUGGUGGCUACACGGCCCUGCACCUGGCUGCUAUCCACGGCCAGGAGAAGAUCAUCACCAUGCUCGUCUACAGCUACCAUGCCAAGAUUGACCUGAGGGACUACAGUGGGAAGAAGCCGCACCAGUACUUAAAGGAAGGGACCUCCCUUACAAUUAGGCGUUUGCUGGGGGACCCCAGCCUUUCCCAAAACAUGGAACACUCCGUGCCCAUCAAGAAGUCUACAAAGCUUGCGGCUUCAAUCUUGAGCUCCACGAGCACUUUCCUGGGAGUCAUAUCCGAUGACAUGGCUUUCUAUGAUCUCACCAAAGGUUUAAGGAAGCCCUCAACUUUGAACAAGCUUCUGACUGCCACCACGGGCCCGAGGAGGAAGCCAAAGAUCAGAGGGGGCUUCCCUUCAUAUUCCUCACUCUCUGAGGUAGCGGAGGAGGAGGAAGAGGUUGUCGUGAAACGCAGACCCGUUUCUGAGCUGUUCUUUGGCCACUAGCCUCUGCCUUGCUGUGAUCAACAUGGUUUAAUAGCACGGCUGCUGUCUCAGCUUUCUCUUGCAGAAGCAGUUUGGAUUUUUUCUCUCCUUGUCUUUCUGGAUUUUUAACUGAAUCAGUGGUAGGGUCUACAUCCAGAGCCCACAGCGUGGAACGCAGCCCCAGGUGCCCGUGGAAGGGGAGC